CCUCUUUUUUCAAACACCCCCCUUUUCUUCUCUUUAUAAUAACCCCAGAGCAACCCUUCUUUUAAAACACCUCUCUCUCUCUCUCUCUCUCUCUCUCUCUCUCUCUCACAAUGCUAACAAAAUCAAACCUCCCUCUCUUGCUCUCUCUCCUUCUCUCUCUCUUCUCCCUCUCUCUCUCGAAAUCUCUCCAGUACAAUUCCUUCAUCCCCGCUGGUCUGUCCUCCGCCCCCACUCAUUCUCAAGCACUCGAUGAUUCUCUCUCCCUGGACCAAACAGAGGAUAAUAACAUACAAACAAACACUCUCUCUCUACAACUACACCACCUCGACUCUCUCUCCAAACCCAAUGCAUCAACCCCGUCAGAGUUAUUCACUCUCCGCCUCCAACGCGACGCUUCCCGCGUCAAAUCCAUCUCCUCCCUCGUCGCCAGAAAAUCCAACCUCACCGCCGGCGAUUUCACCAGCUCCGUCGUCUCCGGCCUCGCGUACGGCAGCGGCGAGUACUUCACGCGCCUGGGAGUGGGGACCCCACCCAAAUACUCUUACAUGGUCUUAGAUACAGGCAGCGACCUCGUUUGGCUGCAGUGCAAGCCUUGCUUGAAAUGUUACUCACAAUCCGACCCGGUUUUCGACCCGACCCAAUCUACCUCUUUUGUCGGGAUCGGAUGUGGGUCCCCUCUGUGUAAAAAACUCGACGCCCGAGGAUGUAGCAAAAAGAAGAAAUGUCUGUACCAGGUUCAAUACGGCGACGGAUCGUUUACUGUGGGUCGUUUCGCCACCGAAACGCUGUCGUUUCGUAAAGGUAAUAAAGUUAAUAAUAUAGCUGUUGGUUGUGGUCAAGAUAAUGAAGGACUUUUUGUGGGUGCGGCCGGUUUAUUAGGGUUGGGCCGGGGCGAGUUGUCGUUUCCGAGUCAAGCCGGUCCGAAAUUCGGUUCGAAGUUUUCUUAUUGUUUAAACGACCGGUCCGCUUCUUCUAAACCGUCUUCAAUUGUGUUCGGCGAGUCGGCUAUUUCAAAAACCGCCGUCUUCACGCCGCUAAAAACAAACCCUAAAUUCGACACAUUUUACUACAUUGAUCUUGUCGGGAUUAGUGUCGGCGGCGAGCGGCUGCGCGCCGUUUUGCCGUCGCUCUUCAAGACAGAUGUUUCCGGCAACGGCGGCGUCAUUCUGGAUUCGGGUACUUCGGUGACCCGGUUGACCCGACCCGCUUAUACAGCACUCCGUGACGCAUUCCGCGCUGGCGCAACACAUCUGAAGACAGCGCCGAAUUUCUCACUGUUCGAUACAUGUUUCGAUCUCUCCGGCCAGUCUGAAGUCAAGGUUCCGACGGUUGUGAUGCAUUUUACAGGCGCUGACGUGUCAUUUCCGGCGAGUAAUUAUUUGAUUCCGGUGGAUAGUAGCGGAACAUUUUGCUUUGCCUUUGCGGGUACAAAUAACGGGUUAUCAAUAAUUGGGAAUAUCCAACAACAGGGAAUUCGGGUCAUUUAUGAUUUGGCCGGGUCGCGAAUCGGGUUUGCCCCGCGUGGGUGUGCUUAAUUUGUACUAUUAUUCAGGCUUUGUUUGGAAGGGUGUAAAUUUUUUGGUUACAAUAUGAAAGGGGUGGUUUAACUUCUAAUAACAAGUUGUAUGACUGCCGAUUGCCAAACAAGGAAGAAAGUGAAUUCUGAAACUA